AUGAUGAUAGAUGGAGCACUCGAUCAACGUUUGGAUUCCAAGAGACAAGAAGAAACCCAUCGGAAGACCACCAGCCAGAUGGGCAGACCACUUCCGGAAGAACAUCAGCCGUCUUACAUUGGAUUACCGCGUCGAGAGACAUGGAAGCAUGAAAGACGGGUGGUCCGCGCUGACAGCGAAGACGGACCAUCAAAGUAUCCAAGUAAGUAAAUAACUCCUUAAAGUUCCAGCAAUUUUUCAAACGUCUUUCUUCUUCUAACACUUCAACUCACCAUUUAGAAGUCUUCUGGAAUGUUUGACAUGUGAAAAGCUUUCUACUACCUUUGGAACACCUUGUCAAUGCCUUCUCAGGACCUUCUAUUGACCUUCCAACCUCCUUCCGAAAACCUUUCCAGGAUUCAUUCGAGUUCGUUUUUUUAAGGCAAAACGACGAUCUUCGCUUCUGUGACUACAGUAUCUUUCGCGUCGAUUAAUAAUUGCGCGUGACAAUAAUCGUUUAAUAACGCCGCCUUUAUGAGUCGACUGGAAGCUGUUAGAAGGAAAAAGAUCAAAGAAGGCGUUGUUCGAGGAUAAUCUUCACGCGCAAUAAUUAUUCCACGCGAAAAGACACUGUAGCUACCAGAGCGGAAGUCGCUGCUAAAAAUUCAAAAUUUUAAAAGGUUUUCUUAGUAUUGUUUGAACCCUUUUGCAGAACCCUAACAUCAGGUUUGACAGUAAAAAAUUUUGUCAGGCGAGAAAAAGUUUUCCUUGAUUAAAUGAGACUGCUCUACUGAUUCUUAUCACUUCGAUAACGCCGCUCGGUCAGUAGACCGGAAAAGGAAAUAAUCGAUCAAAAGAGGAGACUUUGUACUUCGAAAAAAAAUAAAGUUAGUUAUCUUUUUCGCUGAGAAUGAAACAAGUGGCUUCUAUCACAUUCAAUAUUUUUUUCGAGGGAGUUUCCACGCACUGAAAAGAGCUUGAUCGAUUUUUUUUCCCUUAAAGUGAGGAGCUCAACUGGUGCGCCGUAGCGCAACAGGUUGUGUGCCUGAAUACGGUCCACAGGGUAAUAAGUUCGAUCCCCGCCUCGACUCAACCAAGAGGUUUAAGAAAUGUUGGUAGUGAGAAACCACGACUUCAAAAACCCCAGUCGUCACACACAUGUGUCACUAGAGGCGACCACGGUAUGACUCUACAAUCUACCUACUUAUCAAUGCCGACUGCUGACGGUUGGAGAGGCCCCCAUCAGGCGACACAAAAACGCUCUCCGGCAUCGGCGAAAGAGCGGCCAACAAGACGAUUACCCUACUUGAAUGUGUUGUGGGAGACCUCAGGCAAAUAAUAAGGGAACUCGAAGGAAAAUGGGCAGAAAAAAUAGGUUUCGAGACAAUUUGACAUUGUAUAGAGCUCUUCAUUGCGUUUCGAUUUGUUUACUAGGUCCACUAGUUUGGAAGACGACUAGUUUCAGUACAAAAUCGUUUUUUUUUUUUAAAUUGAAAGGAUCCUACUAGUAAACGGUUCUUUUUUGGUACGUUCUUCAUGCAAAUAGAGAAACUUUAUUACCUUUGUGGACAUAUUUUCUUGCAUGAUUAAGAACUGCGGUAAUUAUUUUCAAAUAAAGCUUUUUUACUGAUAAUCAAAGACUUUCCUUGUUCUUAAAUUUCAAAAUACGACUUUUUCAACUUUUUUGUUUCCAAUAGACUUCUAGAGAACUUUUUUUAAAAUUUUUUUCGUAAUUUUUUUCAAUUUUGGUGAUUAGCUCAUAGUAAUAGAUUUGGCGUUCUUUCAAUUGGCAGGUUUUUUUGUGAGAAAAAGUUCUCUCGUGUUUCUUAUGAUACAGUGAACUACACUAGACGUUUCGGAAAUCGAAAUAACGAAGAAAAAUCAGUUUUCGAGCUUUCUCCGCACAUCUUCCGACGGGCUAUUUAUCAGUACUUAAUUACGUUUGUCAGAUAACUCUUCUUGUUUAUGAAUAUUCAUACCUAAGACUACCUACUACGGAAGUUUGGUCCAGAUCACCUCAAACACUUAUCUCGCAAAUAAAAGUUUUUUUUUUCUCAUUUACAAGUAAUUGUCAAAAAUUGAUUGAAAAGCGUUUCAAAAGUAUGCAAUCUUUUUCGCGUCUGCGCAGCAUUUUGACGAUGUCUUAUUAGGGGUCCUCCAACUCUCGACGGCGUUCUCUGAAGUCAAGUAGGUGCUCUGUCGCAAGUCGCAAGUCGCUAUUCCAUUUUGCAAUUUUUCGCUUGAUAGCCCUUUUUUAAUAUUUUUUCUUCUUGUUUUUUGAUAAUGAUUUUGAUCUUGAUUUUUUGAUGAUUUUUUGAUCAGUUUCACUAAUUAUCAGGAUAGGACCCUCGCUAAUCGACUUGGGGCGCCGACGCCGCUCGAGCGGUACAAAGGGAGAAGAAAAAUUUUUCAUGGAUCAAUACAAUGUGUAUGAAUAAUACUUUUUGUAAGAAGUAUUAGUUUUAUUGGGACGGAUUUUAACUACGAACUGUCGUUCAACGGGAAACUUUUAUGAGCUUAUAAAACUAAAUGAUAAUGCAAAAACUUCAAAAAAUAAAUAAAGUUUUUUUUACUUCGAUGAUAUCGCACUCUAUUAUUUGAAAGCUUUCGUGCAUAUUUUGGGCAUUCUUCUCACAAUUUUUAGAAAGGGACACCAUGUUGGUUGCUCUAGCCACGCCUCCUUUGAGCCGCGCCCCUUGUUAUCUUGCACAUCUGCCUAGUGCUCCGGUUCUCCCGCCCCCCAAUUCCAUAUUUUUCUCGUUCUUAGUUUACUCUCACCCUCGCUGUCUUUUUAGCAAAGGCUUUAGAAGUUUUUAUUAUUUUUACGAGCGUUCUUUAAUGGACUGGAAAUCGAACCAGCCUAGCCGGUAAUCCCCGAACACUGGACUACGCUUCCAACUUGGAUUCGAUGUCUUACGGAGAAAUCGGAAUCUUUCUAAACGAGGUCCCAAUAGAACACAAUUUCCGAAAGUUCAUAUAUCUUCAAAACUAGAAGCAACCAUGCGCAUUGCUUUUCCAUUCCAACAAAAAAAAACCGAACCCUUUGCCAAAAUGACUUUGCAUGUUCCAUAGUAAAGUCCGAAAGUUUGCAGUGAACUCCUUUUUUUUCCGCUUUUUUCAGUUUUUAAAAAUCGCCUCUUCUCUCAUUCUUUUUUUUGUUGAUUUUGUGUCUACCAACGGAAAAAAACAUUUUUUUCUCAAAAGAAUUUUUUUGUUUAUGUUUAACGGAACACAUUCAAUUUUCUAGAAAUUAGAAGUUUUUCAACUCCCCAUCAGCUUACAUGUAUGUUCAGGAAAAAAACUUGAUAAUAAAUCCAAAUUUGAGAAAUGAAGAUACACUGUCUUUCUGAAUAAAAAAAACAACAUUGAGCUGUAAUUUUAAAAUCACUGUUAAACUCAGUUUUUGUCACAAUUAACCAUGAAACCAAGCGUUUGCAAGAUAAAUCCCAUACAAAAAAAAAAUGCGUUUUCUAUCAUGAUUGAAUUAAAAAAGUUUCAUAUCGGUUCACACUUAUCAUCUUUAACAAACAGAGGAGAAUUUCAAAAGUGGCGCCUCCAACGUUUGGUGCAUACACGGUUCACGCUCACGACCAUUUGCAGACUCUGAACUCCUUUUGUCAUCAUUUUUUUUGUGUAGACAUUCUGACAUGAAUUCAUCACAGCAUACUUUUUAGUUUUUUUCUAUAUGAUAUAUCUCUUUCGUUUUCCUUUUUUACCACUUCUGAAUCAUUUUGAACUUGUAUUAAAAGUUGUUUAACAUAAAAUUAUUCCAUCUCGAUUAUUCAUCGAUUUUUUACAUUCUUUUUUGAACGAAAAUUAAAAUAAACUUUUUCAGCACACACUCAUUUCUCUUGCGGCCGGCUUUUCCAUCUGUUCGUGAAAAAAAUGGUGAGUUCAGUCCAUUUCAACUUUUCCUUCGAAUUGUCUUUUUUUCAGGUGUGCUCGAACUUGUGUUUUAAACUAUAGGUUUCAACCGUCGAUCUUAAAUAUCGGCAAUUUUACUCACCUGGGUCUUGCUUGCAGUCCCCAGGCUUCUGACCUUUUUUUUUGUUUUCUAAAAUAUACUUUCUCCCCCUGCGGUACGGCGUAGCUGCCGACCCCGGGUAUUGGAAUUUAAAAUUUUUUUUUUAAUUCAGUUAUCUGAAAAUUUUUUCUCACCUGGGCGUAAAGCAUGAAUGAACCGCAUGCUUUCCCCAGGCCUUUUAUUUUUGAUCAGAGAGUUAAAAAAAUUGUUAAAGUUAAAAAAAGAAAAAAACCACGAGCCGGCCGCGAUAAAAAAAGAGAGGAAUGCACGAAAGAAAAGAAGAGAAGAUGUACAAGAUGGAGAGAAGGCCAAAAAGAAUCAACUACUAAUUAUUUAUCGAUGUGAGUUUUUUUUUUCCCAUUUGUCUAUAUAACACGAUUGCGAUUACUAAAGAACUUGGUCACACAUUUUCUUAAAGGUUCUAGAUAUCAGGCGUCUUGAGCCGAGAUUCGCGGCCUGAAUUCAUGAAUUUGUAAGGAACAAUACUGAAUUUCGGUCUAUUCGGCCGAACUUUUUGGGGGUAGGCCGUACAUCGGGGUGGGAUCCAGCCGACAUAGGGUUGAAACUCAAUUGGAACCAAUAAAAAAUUCAAACCGAAAAGAAAUGGAUUAUAAUUUAGAAAGAGCAUUGAAAACAUGCUCCCUUGUUUGCUGUAAUUUUGGAAUUUAUAAAAAGCCUUGAAAUUUUCUGAUUUCUCUACCUUCUUUUUAUCUCUCAUGAGUUUGUAAGUAGAGUUCUCAAAACCAAACGUUUGAACGAACGUUCAACCAAAAAUUUUUCAAACUUUUAUUGAAACCGACCUUUGAUUGAAAUUUCGAAAUCGAACAUUUGAUCGGAACGAAAAUUCAUUCAAUGUUUGAAAAAAGUUUGGUUGAAAAACCAAACGUUCGUUUUUCGGUCGGAAAAAUCAGUGGACGAGACCUUACGAGACUACGAGGACAAAAAAAUUUCUAAUCAUCGUCAUCAGAAAUUAAGUUUGUUCAUUUUGAAGUUUUUUGUGCAUAAACCCUGCUGUGUCUACCGCUAGCUUUACGGGCACUUUUUCAUAAACAAGCCAACAAUUUUGACAAAGCGGACGUAAAAGGAAAUAGCGUAAUUUUGAAUUUUUCCCGACAAGCAGAAGCUGUUUCUAAAUGAAUAAUAGCCUACUAUCUUUUGAACCGUGAACUUUUUGAACCGAAGGAGUAUAGACGAUUUACGGCUGGCUUGGGACGCAAAAAGGCGUGGCCUGUCUGCACUCUCCACCAAUCAAGGCACUGUCUCGUCUCUUUUCGUGGCAGGACCCUUUUCUCGACGGCUCAAGCCAGCCGUGAAUCAGCUAUACCAAACGAACCCAAAAAGUGAUCUUUUAAACCUAAUGGCGUGUUCAUCGGACAAAACGAAAAUUGCUUCGAAACGCGAAAAAAACCCUCCAAAACAAAAAUUAGUACUGUUUUGGAGCAACUUUGGCGCGCCGAUGAACACAAUUUUUCGUUUUGAAGCAUGUUCCGUUUCUCCAAUGAACACGCCAUAAUAAUAUUUUUGUCGUGUAAGUUGUUUGAGGUUGAGAAAAAAAGGUUGACAAAAUAUCAUUUUUUGGGUUCAAUUGAUACUCCUUCGGUUCACAGAGAUCAUUCGGUUCGCAAAUAUCACGCUUCAAAAGAUAAUUGGCCUCUUGUGAAUGUAACUCCCGAAAAAAAGUUUUUGAAUAAAUGUUCAACCAAACUUAUCCGAGCUCUAAUUAAAAAUUUUAAUUCCAAGUUUUAGUCAAAACAAACGUUUGUCCAAUUUUCGAAAAACAAACGUUUGUUUUUCGAUCGGAAAAAGUUUUAUCGAAAAACCAAACGUUCGUUUUUGUUUGAAAAAAGUUUGGUCAAAAUAACAAACGUUUGUUUUUCGGCCAGAAAACGUUUGAUCAUAACUUGAACGAUUUGAUUGUGGCCGUUUUAGAUCAAUGUUUGAAAAUGAAAUUUGUACGAAAUGUUGAAAACGAACUUUCAUUUUUUCAAACGUUUGGUUUUGAGAACUCUAUUUGUAAGCUAGCAAGGUGAGAGAGAAGAAGGCGCAGACAGGUCAGACAAGUUGGGAAGAGAUUUAUUGAAGUCGAUUUUUAGUGAUGAUGAGGAUGAUGAUGGAGAAGAUGAACAUCGGAGUGGAGCAAGGCAACAAGACGUUGGACAGCAAGAAGGUCAAGAAGGACAGGAAAAGGAAGGAAAUGAACAAGUCUUGGACCGUCAGCCGGAAGGAAGGGAAGAAGGAGAGCUCGAAACGAGGUAAGUCUUUUUAAUAUUUGGUAUUUAACUCGACAAGUAAGAGAAAACGUCUUUUUUUUUCAUUUACUGUAGAAAAUCAACGAUUGAUUUUUCAAUUUCUCCCUAAUUUGCUGAAAAUCUGAAUUUUAUCAGAGCAAAUUUCUAUUGAACUUUCUAAUUUCACUGCCUUCUUUCUUUCUCUCUAAGCUAGUUCUAUGUAUCUAUGAUUAGUUCGGUGAGAGAGAAGAAGGCGCAGACAGGUCAGAGUUUUCAAGAAAGGGUGAAAUAGAGUUGAUUUUCAGUGACGAUGAUGUUGGAGAAGGCCGAGUGGAGGAAAGAGAAGAACGAGAAGGCCACGUAUUGCGAGAAGAGGAAGUAGAGAAAGAAAUGGAAGAGGAGGAAGCACAAGAGCAAGCAGUGCAAGAGGAAAGACAGGAGCAAGAAAAGGAAGAGCAAGAACGCGAAGUUUUGACCGGAGAAAAUAAAGAACAGCCUGAAGAAGUUGUGCAACCACGAGAAGAAGAAGGAAAUGCGAAACACUCGGAGAAGAACAAGUACAAGAACAACAACAAGAGCAAGAACAAGAACGAGAACGAUAACGAGAACAAGAAAAAGAAAAAAUUGGAGAAGAACGAGAACAAGGACCUUCUUCCGAUGAAAAUAGACUCCUUCUCCUUGGCCUUGAAAAUGGGCCUCCAGAAAACGAGAAGUCCGGCCGGCCUCAAUCGAGGUAAUUUUCAAAAAUCCCUUCAAGCAAAAAAAGUUUUUUUCCAAGAUAAAAGUUAAUUUUCAGCGACGGAAGAAAAGAAGAAGGUGAAGAGGAGGAAGAAAGUCUGGGAGCUGGAAAAGGGACUUCUUCCGUUGGGAAUGGAAGUCUUCAGCUUGAAAAAGAGUCCAUGAAGAAGAAGAAGCAGCCAAGGUAAUUUUCAACUGAUACAUAUGAAAAGUGUGACUGUUUUCGUUAAAGGUUCCGUUUUCAUUCUUCCUUUCUUUUCCAAGUUCAGUAACGUGCAAUAAGAUAUACAAUUUCACUUUUUUCGUCAUAACUUUUGCAGGAGUUGUCCAAUUAUUGUCAAACUUUCUACAGUUGUUUUCUGAAGAUCCAGUAUGUUAACACAAAAAAUCAGCUAGGUAGCUAAUUAUUGUAGUUAGUUAUAGCUUGAAACCUGGAAUCAGCAGAAAAUCCGAAUUUCAAAAUUUUUUUUUUGUUGAUUCACGCUAAGAAACAGGGGUUGAACACAUUUUUAUGGUUUAUUGAAGUCAUGAAUUCAUUAUACUAUUGCUUGCUUCUCUGUUAAACUGUUACCCAGAUCAAAAAAAGCUUCGGACGUUAUCCCAAUCCGUCUUCCCCCGAGUUUAUUACGGCAACCGUUGCACGACCGAGUUAUCUUUUUCCAAAGAGUACGGUAUUUGAAAAUGUGCACUUCAUGUGUGCGCGUGUUGGCACAUUCUGAAGGGCCCCUCUCCGUGUUUUCUCUUUUUUAUUUUAGAUUUCUUAGCUUUGUUUCAUAAAAGUCAUAAUGAAUAGAUGUAAAUAAACUGUUUCCUAGGUCCAUUUGAAAGAAUUGAAAAAAAACGGAGAUGGGACUUAGAUUGUGCGAACACGCUGAGUGCACAUACCGAUUGCGGACUUCACCAUACAGUACUCUUCGGAAAAAAAAAGAAAAAUUUCCCUUUUUGUAGCGCCCAGCGAAAAUUUCGGAUGAACUGACUGACUUUUAAUUUUUUUUUUUCUGAAGAACAAAAACAGAUUGAAGAACGAAUUCUCAGUUUACCGGGAGGAACAGAAGAAGUUGAAAGAGGCCGCGAAAUAUGAAGCUAUAGCACGAGCUCGAGCUCAAGCAGAAGCUGAAGCACGAGCUCAAGCUCAAGCAGAAGCUGAGGUCCUAGAGCAAGUCCCGCCUUCAGACGAAAGGAUCGAAGAAGGUGAGAACGAAAAGGAUGUUCAAAAGGGACAGAAAAUAGUAAAUUUUGACGAGAAAAGUAUUUUUUUUAUCAAAAGAGCUAAACCUUUGAAAUGAAACGAGAAAAAUUAGUCUGCUCGGAUUUUCAAUGUCAAGAACAAUGACGUCAUUGAAAAACGCUCUGUGGAUGGCUCGCUUACUGAUUGAUUUUUCGAGCCAUUAGGGGCGGACUUCUGGAAAAAAUCUGAGCAGUCUAUAAGUCUUCAUACGAUUUUCAUUUUCAGUGGCUGCAGUUCACGAUGCUUCUGAAGCUGGAGAAAGUGCUCCGCGAGCAGAAGGAAAAGGACGGGAAAAAAGAUACCUGGCUCCAGAAGAAGGCGACGAAGGUCAUCCGUAACUGAAAAGGCAGAAAAGAAAUCAAAACGACGAGCCCCUGGAAGAUGACGUCAGCUCACGGCAAGUCGAAAGUUCUUUUUCGGGGCCGCACUGGGAAUGGCUCGAGCUAUAAAAAUUCCAACCGUUACGAUUUGAGCCAUCCCAUAUGUGGCUAUAAACUGAUUUUAUGCCGUGUUUAAUUUGAUUACGCAAAAUGCAAAAUGUUCUCUGACUCUCCAAAAUUUAGUGAUCUUUUCCUUUCUCUAAAGGAUUUUUUGCAUUUCGCGGAAUCAAAUUGAACACGGCAUUAUAAACAAUUUCUUUUUCUGAUAAUCUCCAGAAAUUGCCAAAGUUUGAAAAUUCAUCUCAAACCCUUCAAUACACCCUUACUAGCUCAUUUUCUCAACCUUUUACAGAAAAAUAUUCAUUUCUGGCCCUUCGUCUUUUUCUGGAAUUUUUCCGACUUUUUUUUCAACUUUUUUUUCUUCUCUUGAAUAGAACCUUGAAAGGCUGUUUUUUUUCCGGAACUUUGAAGUAUUUCUGAUAAAAAAGCCUUAAAAAAAAAUUUGCCAAAAACUACUUCUGCUUUUUUCAUUUCCUUGAAGACAUCUAAUUUUUUUCCCUGACUUUUCAUUUUAAAGAAUACAGAUGUUUAGCUCAAGCACGUAAUAAGAUAAGAUUCAAAGGCAGAAAAAAAAAAGGUUUGAGAAGCAAGUUUAAUAAUUCCACCUGUUGGACAAUUUUCCGUAGACGCUGUACUAUGUUAUGAGAGUUUUUCGGGAAGUAACCAUUUUUGGCAUUUUCAGGGACCUUGAAAGAGAACAAGAAGUCGGUCAGUUCGGGUCCGACUACGAAUGUUGUCGACAAGGCGAAUUCGAACAUCGCCGCAAUGAUGACGACGACGACGCCCCCUCGAGGCAUAUUUUCAUUUUUUUUAAAAAAAAGGCACCUAAAAAUAAAUUGAAAGACUCUCUUCCCAUUUUUGAAGUUUGAGAAUCCCUUGAAGAAAAAAUUUUAAAAAAACCGUUCUUCCAAAGCCCACAAUCUGAGAAAUUUUCAAUGACCCUUUGAGGAUUUUCUAGUGGUCACUAUAGUAGUCUGAGUGUGGCCUCUUUAGAAGUCUGAGCGGUACUACUAGACCACUAAAAAAAUGCUCCUUUAAAAAGUCGAUGUAUUUUUUCAAAAAAUGCUUCAAUGAAAAAACUUUUUAAGUAGUUUUAGAAGCAAAUGUCGAAAAAAUAUAAUAUUGAAAAGCCGAAAAGUUAUUUUAUAUUCCUAAAACAAACCAAAACUUGGAAAUUCAGCUCCGCCUUGGUAGCCAAUCAGCCGCGUCAAAGCAGUUCUUCGAGGUUUUUUUCUGGAAUUGUAAAAAAAUAUUUUCAUAUUGUCUUUGAACCCAAUAUUUUCGAAGGUUUUUAAAGGUUGAAUCGCCUGGAAAAAUGGCGUUUGAAACGUGUUUUGAAAGCUCAAAAACUGGAAAAAGACGUUGAUUCUAACCGAAUUUUUUUGUGGUUUCCUUGAUUGUUCUGUAAGGAUAGUAUGUAGAAAAUAGUAAGAUUUUGAAUAUUCCUUUUUUUUCAGUUUUGAAUCUUCUUAGUAUUUUAAUAUUCCAGCGGUUGCGGAAAAGAAAACGACGGCGGCUCCGAAAAUGUCGAAAAAGUCAAUGAAGUCGUGAGGAAUGGAAAAGAAGGAAGUGAAACGGCACUUCUUGGCUGUGAUACGCUUCAGACAAGGUUGAUUAUCUUCAAAGAUUGACUAGACUUACUCGACUGGACGACGAACAAGAACUUUUGAAGUUAUAACGAACAACCGCCUCUGGCGAACUAAAAGUCUCGUCGUGAAGUUUAUCAAGUUGAACGGAGAAGUCCAGACGUGUAGUUGAACAAGUUGAUAGAAGAAGUUUAGAGGUGUAGUUGAUCAAACUGAAUCAAGAAGUUUAGACGUGCAGAUGAUCAUUUUGAAAACAUGGUCUUACGGUCCUUCGCCUCGUUCUUCUGCGCGUAGUUCAUUCAGUUGCGCCUUGAAGAGCUCAGAAUGUAGCAAUUCUCGCCAACAGGAUUUUUCAAGAGUAUACAACUGAAAACCAUCUCCUCACAAAAACAUUUUACUUAAAAAAAUACUUUCAACCUCAUUCCCCCAAAAAAAAGUUUCUUACGAUUUAAAAAAGGCGCUAGGAAGGUCUUUCGAAGGUUAUUAUCUUCAAAUCUCCGUUACAAUUUUUUUGGAGGUUUUUUUCUGCGGUUUUCGGUUUAUUUCAAGAGUAGAAGGAAGCAUAAAACUCUAAAUUUGAAACUCUUCAACUAAGGUAAGUUGAACUUAUAAAAUAUUCAAAGAUUUUUCUGAAUUAUUCUGAAUUUUUUUAGCUGAUAAAUCCGAAAGUUAUUUUUUUCAGCCCCGACCAAGAAGUUUUGAAACAGAGCCAAGAAGUUCUCGAGAAUGAAGCCGGCGAAGAAAAAUACGGAGCGCAGUCAAGCCAAGUAAAUAAUUUCGAAUUAUCAAUUUUCUCUUAAAAACUUUCGGAAAGUCUUUUCUCAAAAAUAUUUUCUCGUGUCACUCAAAAAAUUUUUUUCAGGUCCUGCGAAGAUGA